CUUCCGGUCUUUGUGACUCAUUGUGUCUGUGGCGAGGCGUCGGGAGGGCCUAGGCCGGUGUGCGGUGCCCUUCGGCCGGGUGGAGCCCGGGAGUCAGCCGCGCUCGGGGGCUCGCUGUCCCCAGGCCACUCCGGAGACUCACGGAGUAGUGCAGAGACCAAUAGAGAACCAUUGCUGGGCCGGAGCCUCCAGGCUGACCCUGUUGGAGCCCACCACUUCCCUGAGCCUGAAGGAUGACUGCUGAGUCCAGGGAAGCCACCGGUCUGUCACCACAGGCUGCACAGGAGAAGGACGGCAUAGUCAUCGUGAAGGUAGAGGAAGAAGAUGAGGAAGACCACAUGUGGGGGCAGGACUCCAGUGUGCAGGAGACACCACCACCCGACCCAGAGGUAUUCCGCCAGCGGUUCAGGCGCUUCUGUUACCAGAACACUUUUGGGCCCCGAGAAGCUCUGAAUCGACUAAAGGAACUUUGUCAUCAGUGGCUUCGACCCGAAGUCAACACCAAGGAACAGAUCCUGGAGCUGUUGGUGCUGGAGCAGUUCCUGUCUAUCCUGCCCAAAGAGCUGCAAGUCUGGCUGCAGGAGUACCGGCCUGACAGCGGGGAGGAGGCCGUGACUCUUCUGGAAGACUUGGAGCUUGAUCUGUCAGGACAGCAGGUCCCAGGUCAAGUUCAUGGGCCUGAGAUGCUCGCCAGGGGGGUGGUGCCUCUGGAUCCAGUUCAGGAGUCCUCAAGCUUUGACCAGCACGAAGCUACCCACUCUCACUUCAAGCAUUCAUCUCGAAAGCCUUGCCCCUUGCCAUCCCGAGCUCUCCCUGCCACCCACGUUCCUGCCCCUCAUCAUGAGGGGAAUCCCAGAGACCAGGCGAUGGCAUCUGCACUAUUGACCGCAGAUUCCCAGGCAAUGGUGAAGAUCGAGGACAUGGCCGUGUCCCUCAUCCUGGAGGAAUGGGGAUGUCAGAACCUGGCUCGGAGGAAUCUCAAUAGGGACAGCAGGCAGGAGAAUUUGGGGAAUGUGUUUUCCCAGGGUUCUGAGAACAGGAAUGGGAAAGAGUCAACCUCAAAGGCUGAAGUCAAAGAAGAUUCCACCUCACAUGGGGAAACAGCAGGAAGAGUCCAGAAAGAGUUUGGACAGAAACGUGAACAGCAGGGCAGAGUAGUCGAAAGGACAACUCUUUUUCUUCAGAGGACCCCUGAAGAAAAAACUGGCAAAGAGAAGAAAGAGCCCGGGCCUCCCACAGCCAAGGAAAAAAGGCCCACUGCAGGAGAGAGAGGCCCAAGGGAGAAAGGCAAAGGUCUGGGACGAAGCUUCAGCCUGAGCGCAAACUUUAAUAACACCUCCGAAGAGCUUCCGGCAGGAGCAAAGACUCACAGGUGUGAUGAGUGUGGAAAAUGCUUCACGAGAAGCUCCAGCCUUAUCCGCCACAAAAUCAUCCACACUGGAGAGAAGCCCUACGAAUGUAGCGAGUGUGGGAAAGCCUUCAGUCUCAACUCAAACCUUGUCCUACAUCAGCGAAUCCACACAGGAGAGAAACCUCACGAAUGUAACGAGUGUGGGAAAGCCUUCAGCCAUAGCUCAAAUCUCAUCCUGCACCAGCGCAUCCACUCUGGAGAGAAACCCUACGAAUGUAACGAGUGUGGCAAAGCCUUCAGCCAGAGCUCAGACCUCACGAAGCACCAGAGAAUCCACACGGGGGAGAAGCCCUAUGAAUGUAGUGAGUGUGGGAAAGCUUUCAACCGAAACUCAUACCUUAUUUUGCACCGGAGAAUUCACACUCGAGAAAAGCCCUACAAGUGCACUAAGUGUGGCAAGGCCUUCACCCGGAGCUCAACACUCACCCUGCACCAUAGAAUCCAUGCCAGAGAGAGAGCCUCGGAGUACAGUCCAGCCUCUCUGGAUGCCUUUGGAGCCUUCCUGAAAAGUUGUGUGUAAAGCAAUAGUGUGUCAUCAAACCAUUACCCCACUUUUGUUUCUAAACUUAUAAUGACACCAUCAAAUUGUUUGAGAAGUCACGUGUAAGGAUCCUCAAGAGUUACAUCAACGGUGUUCUGCCUUUGGGUGGUCUGUAGGCGUGUAAUUCUUCCAGUCCUUGUAAGGGAGAGCUGGUCAUCCAGAUAGUCUUCAAGAUAUUUCCACUCAAGAUAAAAGCACACACCGUGAAAUGCCAAGCUUUGCAGUAGUGGAUGCAAAUCAAGACCGCUCUGAAUAUUAGACUGAAGUUAAAAAGCCACUUAUUGCCAACAAGCCCUACUCGGACAACCUUUAUUUCUCAGUGAAGAGAGAUGGUUAAUACAAAAACUACAUUGGGACAUGCUGCUCGAGCAAGUUAUAUAUCCAGAAAGUAGUAUAUCUGAUCACUGGUAGCCUGCCAAAGCUAAAGAAAUCUAGGACUGCUGAUCAGAAUCAAACCAAAGAUUUCUGUCUCUCUGAAAGAGAGGGUAUAUGCACCAGUUUGUAGUUCUAAGGACUGUGGCAGAUGUGGGUGGCUAUGCCAUCAUCAGCGAGAUCAGUCCUGCUGAAAUAGCAACAAUUCAAGAAGCUUCUAUCCCUCUUCAAUGCCCCUAAAGCACUCUAGCACUCCUAAAUGCACUCCCCACAAAUUGGCACUUGAUUAUAUACCGUCUUUUAAUCUUUUAUCAUUCAUUGUAUGGAAGCUUUUAUCAACCCCCACCACCCCCCCAAAAAAAAAGAUGCUUCAGCUGUCAAGAAAUCCAGUUAUGUUCCUGACAGCACAGCAUUGGAUGCAGUACUAAACACACACAAGGCACUCCUUAUGACAGACUUCCCACAGGACUAUCAUAUCGUACCUUCAGAACUAUAACUUACUCUAGGGUCAAUGUUAUUUUUGUCCUAAAUAUAAGCAAAAACUUGCUUAGCUGCCUGCAGAGAGACUCUGUAAACAUGGAUCAGCAAGUAAAUACCACAGAGUGUCAAAAUGACUUACUGUCAUCCACUUACAGAAGAGAAAUAGGAACACUAACUAUAAUGUUUUUGUUUUUUUGUGUGACAUCAUUCACGAAAAGCUCUUAUUGGCCAGAGUUCUUUUCGGUCAGCUGCUUGAAUGGUUGUCUUUUGAGCACUUGCUGAGUUAUCCAGAACUUAGCUAAUCUCUUCAAAAGACGCAGUGGGUUUUUGUUGUUAUUGUUCUUUUUGUUUUUAGUUCUCAGAAAAAGGGAGUUAAAGGGAGCGUUUUUUCCGCAUUUGACCAGAAACUUGCAGAAGCAUCUGUUGUUAGUUGGCAGUGGCUGAAGGUGUCCUCUUUGCUCUGAGAAGUUCACCACCACACUGUGGUAUGGUUGGUCAUGUCAUUGUGUUUAAUAGCACACAACAUCUUCUUUACCUCUCAGAAAAGACUGAAGUGAGGUUAGGGGACUUUAGCCUUUCCUGAUAUCUCUGCAGAUGGCUUCCCAGAAGCUCUUGAUGGAGACUUGAUACAACAGGAGACCCAAGUCUGGGCCACCUAGGUGUCAGGGGCUUGAACAUGACUGUGGAGAGCCCUGAAGAACCCUAGAAACAUAAGCUAAAGACAAACUUGGAGAUCACUAAUGUGAACACCCCACAUACGGUUUGAGAUUCCUCUCAAGAAACAGCUGACGUCAUCUAGCACCAGUUGUUCUCUGACCAGCAGCGAAAGUCUGUGAGACACAACAGUGGGUCUCAUCGGGCUGGGACCUGUGUGGCCUCGGCUCUGUGUCAAACUAGAAUCCUACAAGGGACCAUUCUCUGGUCCCUCUUUGACUUUAUUUCUUAGAGCAGUCACACAUGAAUGCUGGUAUCUGACUGUUUCCUCCAUGCUGCCUGUGAGUGUUUCUGUCCACCCAACUGAGAAGCAGCGGAGCUGCUCUGGAGGCCGCCCUGGCUCACUCUGGAGGGAGGCGGGGGUGGAGAUGCUUUAAGGCUCUUCCUAAAGGAGUGAGGUGUGCUGAUGGUGGCAAGAAGGUUCAGGACUCCCGGAGCCCAUCCAGACACUGAUUUUGAUCCCAAGAAAACACCGGUCAUGUCCCUGUCGACUGCUCCUACACAGACAUAUACAACUACAUGCUGACAUACAAGGCCUUCGCUCUAAGGCCUUGUUUUUAAAUGAAAUUAAGACAGACCUGUGCCCCCCAUCCCUCAUUUGAUUCCCAUUUUAUUGGGACAUCUUAACUAUUAGGUAGUCCCUGGAAUGGCUUCAGAUCUUCCACAGAUGCACUCCUGGAGGCAGCCGUUUGAAGCUGUGUUUUUCUUAGGAAGCAGCCUAUCAAAAUGUCUUCAGUGCUCUGCACAGUAUCACUGCGGCAUGGUCCAAAAGACUGACAUUUAGUGCUCAGGAUGGUUGUUACCAGUUUAAGUGCUUACUAGUUAAUUAUAGCAUGCUAGUUGACCUGAUGCCACAUUUUGAAAACUUUAAGUGAAAUGUACCCUUAUGACAAAAGUCGAAUUCUUCAAGUUGUAGACUUUGUACUUCAGCCUGGUAGGCAAAGCUAAGCGUAGAUGUGUGAGACACCUUGAUAUGUAAAGCACUUGGUAUUAAAGGCAUGAACGUGAGACUGCACAGUGUGUGUGACAUGUGGGACAGUCCACACCCUACAUACAUCAGAAAAUUGAUUCCAGAACAGGACCUAGACUGAGUGUGAUGUUUGGCAAAGCUUACACUGUAAAUAAACUCUUAAUGUCUGUGAGGUCAACUUUAUAGUACUCAUUCUUUGGACAUGAAAUUCCCUUGGUCUGUUCCAGUCAUGCAGUAAGUACCAGAAACUGCCAAGAGAGCUCAGUCUUAACUCCAAAGCAUCCACAGGAAGAAACAAGUGUGGGGAAAUGUUAAAGAAAUAGUAAGAAUGUACAACUUACAGAACUUGUUAAGUUGGGUACCUCGAUAUAUUUUGUAAGGCCAUAAUGUCAGUGUGUUUUUGUACCUUACCCCUUCUGUCAUUCUUUAUAUUCCUUGUAAACAUGUGUUCCAGACUGUGGAACAGAACGCAUCCCUGAAGAAAAAAAAAGUGAAGCUUUGGAGUAAUUAAGAAACUGAUGUGGUUAUAAACAUAAUUAGUUCACAGAAUUAGGGAUGGGAGAAAACUCAGGCUGGUACUUGUUGAGUCGAGAGAAAAGUUUGUGAGAAGAGUCAGUAGAAGACAAAAGUGGAGCACCUUGUGUAAAUGACCCUUCCGGGCGGCCUGGUCUAUAUUAACCAGAGGGAAUGGUGGGUCCUGACUUGGCAGUGGGCAGAGGGUCAAAUAUAAUAUAUUUGAGGGGAAUGUACACUUAGCGGAGGACAGGGAGUAUACAGAACAGAACCGUAGUACCUCAGUUCUGUUUUCCCUCUCAGAAAGUGUGCUUUGACAAGUGGGGACCCCGUCACAGGAAGGGCUCCUUUCCAGGACACAUGCCUGGGUCUUGGCAGGGAGGUGGGGGCUGUCUCAGAGUUUGAGAAGCAUUGAGAGAUCUGCUUUGACUCUACUGCAAGGUCCUGGCCUUGCUCCCAUUUUCUAGCACAUUUAUGUUUAGGAGAUGGUGUUUUAAUAUUUACUGAUUUAAGUGUUUAUCCUAGAAUUCUCAACCUGAUGUGUUUAUCAAAAGGGAACUUAAUCAGGUUCAUCUCACCACCUCAUGGAAGACUAAUUUUGUCAUUUGGAGUGACAGUGCUGACACACUCAAGACAGCAAGCUUGCCACAAGAGCCUUUCUGUGUCCCACUGUGAGCAGCUCUCAGAAGAAUGUAUGAGGGAGGGCUAGGGAUGUGCUCCAAUCCCCACUGCUUCAAAAGGAUGUGGCACACACCUACAAUCCCAGCACUUGGGAGGUAGAGGCAGAAGGGUCAGGAGUUUGGGAUUUUCCUGUUACAUAGCAACUUUGAGACCAGCCUGAACUGCAAGAGAUCCUAUUUAAAGACAAAAAAGUAUAUAAACUAUCUAUAAGGGAGCUGUGCUUAGUGGUGCAGGCCUGUAAUCCCAGCACUCAGGAGGCUGAGACAGGUCACAAGUUCACAGCCAGCCUGUGUCCACAGAAAUAGGAAUACGGUGGGAUUCUCUAUUAGGGAAGCAAAGGUCUGAAUGGAACCAGAGAGGCAAACUUAAAUGGUAUAAGUAGAUCACAGAAGUUAGGGUAGAUUUUUAUUUCAGCUACUAUUAGAGACAAUGAGCAUCGCUGGAAAAGUUUUCCUAACAGAUCUAGACUUCGCUCUUCAUAUUGGAAACACUACUGUGCAUUUUAAAAGCAGUUACUUAUUUUGCUAUUCGGAUUUUUUAUUAUGUCUGAAAAUAACCUGUUUUGUUUUUCAAAACUUUGUAAAACAAACUUGAAGUUACAAGUAAGGUAAGCCAUCUCCAAUACUGCAGGUUAAAUAUAAGUUUGGAAAAUCCCUUUGCCAUCCCAUAAUAACUAAUGUCUUAAUAUAAGAAGUUAGUUUCGUGUUGUCUGGUUCUCUUUCCUAGUUGAUACCAAUCUCAUGUUUUUUCUCUAGUCUAAACAGCAGAAUAGAGAGAGUGAAGGUUAGCCAACUCUGAACCAUGGUCCCAAAUGGAGAAACAGUGAGUCAUGGACUUGGAGUUGUUCUGGUUCGGGGGAGGGGGGGUUGUUUUUAAAUCUUGGAGGUUGCAACAUGCCCCCUUCCAAAGACUGACUCAACUUCAAAUACUCAGUCAUUAGCCAAAUUAAUGAUCUCAGUUCACAAGCACUUGUUAAGUAAACGUGAUGCAUUGCUUGAAGAUAGAAACAAUGAGGUUUGUGAGAAAUUGGAUCAAAACUUGUAUUUCAUUCCAGUUGUAGAUUGGUAAGUUCUUUUGGUCCACAAAAGGGUGACCAGUCACACUGAGUCUCACUUAAUGCUGUAGUCUCCAGACAGACGGAUGUGUUACAAAAGAAUGGCCAAGAAAGUGCUGAGGGCAGAGACUUGAUGGGGGCUGUGGGGGGACAUUGCUUGCUCACCUUCCUGUCUGUCUUAAUGGUAACAGCUUGAAGUUUCUAGUCUGCGCCAGCUGGACUGGGAGUGUGAGAUUUAGCCCAGACCCCUCAGUGAGGGGUGUGGCUAAGAAGAGUGUUUGCUAGAAUCCCCCAAUAAUAGGUUAUGGUGAGGCUCAAGAGCGGAGCACUUGCCUAGCAUAUGCAAGACCCUGGACUGCUCUCUAGAUCUGUACCAGCUCACUGCAACUCGGGAGGUGUGGUGACACGAAGAUUGACAUUAAACAAACAUCCUAUCCUGAGAAGCAGUGUUAAGGGUUAGGGUGGUUAUGCAAGCAAAAACAGUUGAGUAUUUUUAUAAACUUUAAAGAUUGUUACAACCAGGUCAAUAUGGUAAGCGUAAAACUAUAACUCAGGCACUGUCUUUGUGCUUAUGGGCUAGAUAACCCAUCCUGUUUCAUCCAUUCCCAGUUAAUAUUAGCAUCGUUAGACCCAAAGAAGAAACCUUGUGUGUCAGCAGGAUUAAAUCAUUGCUAUUAAAAACUGGAUAUUUGACUUGACCAGACUCUGACUAGUCCAGACGCUUAGUAGAUGUUCAAUAAAUGAUUUAAAAUGGAA